AUGUCGGCUAUUCACAAAAAAUUGGUUAUUGUUGGUGAUGGUGCUAGUGGAAAAACUUGCCUUUUAAUUGUCUUUUCUGAAGAUCGAUUCCCAGAAAUGUACAUUCCAACUGUUUUUGAAAAUUAUGUCGCUGAUAUCAAUGUUGAUGGAAAACAGGUAGAAUUGGCUCUUUGGGAUACAGCUGGCCAGGAGGAUUAUGAUCGUCUUCGUCCAUUGUCAUAUCCUGAUACAGAUGUUAUUUUAAUGUGUUUCAGUAUUGAUUCACCUGAUUCAUUAUCAAAUAUACCCGAAAAAUGGACACCUGAAGUCAAACAUUUCUGUUCAAAUGUACCAAUCAUUUUAGUUGGUAAUAAAAUGGAUAUUCGUGAUGAUCCUGUAGCACUUGAAGAAUUAAAAAAACUUAAUCAAGAACCUGUUAAAUAUGAACAGGGUAAAGCUAUGGCUGAUCAAAUAGGGGCAUUUGCUUAUCUAGAAUGUUCUGCUAAAACUAAAACUAAUGUUCGCGAAGUUUUUGAAAUGGCUACUCGAGCAGCUCUUGCUUCUAAAAAGAAACAUGGUAAAAAAUGUUUAAUUUGUUAA